UCACUGAUCUAUAAUAGGUGUGGUAGGCUCUGUAUUGCCCAAACAAGAAGCAAAUCUCUUUCUCUUCUAAUUACAGUGUUGAUUAUAUCUGUGCAAGCAGAGAUCUGGUUGCUGUGCCCCAGUUGUGGAGGUUGGUGCUACCUGUGUGUCUCUAGAGCAGGCAGUCAAUUGCUUCAGCAGACAUGGAUUUGAAUCAGCUGGAAGCUUUCCUCACUGCCCAAACCAAAAAACAAGGUGGCAUCACAUCAGAUCAGGCUGCAGUCAUUGCAAAAUUUUGGAAGAGCCACCGGACUCAAAUCCACGAGAGCCUGAUCAAUCAGAGCCGCUGGGAUAAUGUCUUGAAAAACAUGAACUGGAGAGUGGACCUGAAGUCACAGCUGAGGCACAUUGAUCAGAUAAACACUCCUGUUGCAAUAGUUGAAAUGGAACUGGGGAAAAAUGGACAGGAAUCAGAGUUUCUCUGCCUGGAGUUUGAUGAGGCCAAGGUGAGCCAGAUGCUGAAGAAACUGUCAGAAAUAGAGGAGAGUAUGACUUCAUUGACUCAGACACCUUAAUCAAAUAAAGAGAUUGCAACUUACAAAAUAAUUACCCUUGGUACCUUUUUAUAAUUCCAAUUUCAGCAAAUUAAAUAGGUGGUGCUGGUUAAAUCCAGAUUAUAACCCAAAGAAUGGGCUAAAUCACACUGUGAAGCUUUCUCAUCCCCUCCUCCCAACCUGUUUUCCAAGGCAGCGGCAACACUGUUUGCACAAAGCUUUGCAUAGUCAGGCCUUGAGUGUAGCACAGCUUUUCUCUUUUUCCCCUCCGUCACUUCUGGAGUCUUCCAGCUGCCGUGGAUGCUCGGCUGGAUGAACAGCAAAGGUAAAUUGGCCAGUUUUGGCAGAGGAGAAAUGAGCAGAAGAAACAGGCAGAUUAGGGGGAGCUCAUGUUUAUGCUUCCAAACAAUGAACUUUAUAGGACAAAUCCACCUCUGUGAACUCUGUCUGCUUAAAGGCCAGGAAAGCAGAUGAAGUGCAGGGAGCUCAGGGAGCAGAGGCACAAACACACCUUUCUGUACCUGUGAGCCCCAUGCUGCCAAGGAUUCAGUGGUUCCCAAGGGGUGGCCAGCCUGGCUGCAGGAGCCAGGGGACAAUCAGGGGAGCAUCUCUGGGCAAUGGGAUGUGCUGGUUUUCCAAAAGGAGCAGCCCUGCAUGCCCAGAGAACCUGAUCCAGCUAUUUGCUGGCCACCUUUCAAAGCAAUUGAUUUGCUUCCCCAAAGACCAUCCACCCUCAUCACCCUGUGGCUCUUGGGCUGUAGUGGUGCAGCCCUGCACGGAGCUGCACAGUGGGUUUGAGGGGCCAGUGCUUUGUCAGAGCACAGCUGAACUUGGCUGCUCUUAGACCUGUUUGUCAUGGUUCAGUUUGACCUGAGGAAGUCUCAGAUGGAACCCAGGGUUUCUAAGUGCUCAGCUUGGAAUGUGGGUGACAGAAAAUGUCCUUGGCACUCAGUAAGUGAAGAAAUCUGCCAGAGGCAGGUCAGGGGCACAGGGGCUGCCCUGCCUGGAUGGCUCCUGGCCAUGCAGUGCCCAUAUCUGUGCUGGAACACCCAGCUGCAGAGCAGCGCUGCCCCUGCACUGAGAGGCUCCCAGGAGGGUUUCCAGUUCCCAGUUCCAUGUGUUUCCGUUCAGGGCUGCGACCUUGCCAGCCUGGUCACAGCAGGAUGUCCCACCAGACUGAACUGGUUCAGCAGGAACUGGAGGAGCCUGAGCAGGCCAGCACUUGUACAGAGCAGGAUGGAAGGCUCUCCUUGCAGGAGAGCUGCCUGGUGCUCCAUAAAGAGGUGACAGUCCUGGCUCCUGGCUUGCUCUGUCACUUGACUGGAAGGUGUGUACACACCUUUGGUUGGAGGCUACAUUGCUUCUUGCCAUUUUAUAUUCGCUUCAUAAGCAACCUCCUCCUGAGCUAAAAUUACAUUGAGGGCUGGUACCAAUAUAGAGAUGACAACAUGAAAUGUUCUCGUGCCAUAACUAAAGCACUCCUCAUCGCUUCUCCUUGAGAAUUUAUUGCUUGUGGAGUUGCCAAAUUGCACUUGGACACGAAAUCUUUUCAGAGCAAGGGAAGGGCACCUUUUCCCAUCUGCCCGGGAAAGGGGAAACAUCCCUCAAGCCAAUUUGUGUCACUGCACAGGGAAUUAACAUUUCCUUUGCUGUGCCUGUCCCACUGCUGCCUUUUCUUCUUACAACCUCCUGGUUCUGCCCUCUGGCAGAAUGGGGCCCCCAGCACCUCUCUUUCCCCAAAUGCCUUCAGCUGAUGCUUGUCAGAGAGGAACUGGGCUGUAACCACAAACUGCUCCUCGUGCUGCUCCCUGAGUCACUGGCUGCAGCACCGCUGUGAAAUGAGUGCUUUGUGAUUCUCUGAGCCUUCUGUUGCCUUUUUCAACUAAGUUCAUUCAAGUGUUUUCUGUGUUUUAGGACAUAUUUUAAAAAAAAUCAAGGUCAGGGAAGGAUCAUGAUCUUAAGUAACUUGCACUGUGUCAAACAUACUUAUUGUUUUAUUUUAACAUGGUCAGAGGAUAGGAAAAUGUGCUAUAAAUGGAAAUUAAAGAGAAACGAACUGGGAACAGAUGUCAGGAAGUAUUAUUUCAUGCAAAGAAUAAUAAAUAUGUGGAAUGGCUAACAAGGCAAGGAGGCCGAGGCAAAAAGUCUAGGGGACAUUUAAGAAAUAAUUGGAUACUUUCUUAGUUGAGGUCUGAAGGGGUAUGUUUUUACGGGUGGAUGCUUGUCUCUCUUCCUGAUUGUCCCUCCCCUAGAUACCCAACAGUCCUCAUUUUCUUCUGGGUGGAUCUUUCUAAACUGCUGUGCAAAACAAAAAAAAACCAAAAAAAGCUCUGAGUGUGUUGAGGAGCACACUGCUCAGUCCUUGGUAGUCACUGGGCAGCAGAAUUAUUCCUGCUUCACCAAGUCUGAUGUGGCAGGGAAGGGGGUGCUGUGCUUCCCAAUGCUGUAAUCCUCAGCUGCUGCUGGCACACGAGGACAGGUUUGCUCCUUGGCAGGUCUGUGCCUUCCUGCUGAGGUGGUUUCUGUGUGUGUGCAUCCAUCUGCCCCUGCCCUACGGUGUUCUGAGCCCAUUGGCCACCUCUGGCUGAGCUUGGAAGGGACAAGGCCUCUGGUGCCACUCUGCUUCGCUUCCUUGAGUGAAAGGCACAAGCACCCAUGUGGUCCUGCUAAAUAUCUCUGUGGUGCUGGCAAAUGAAAGCUCCUGUUCAGGAGAGAUUUCACAAAUCCUCCCCCGAAAAUGUAAACCAGACUCAUCCUGAAUGCAUGGACAGGCAACUCCUGCAGUGUCUGGGGCCACGCGUGGCUGCUGGAAUCCUGCAUGGAUCCAGCUGAGCAGAAAUCCCAGCACAGCCCUUUUGGCCACUGGGGCCUCAUCCAGCUUUGGAGACCUCUGUGGUUCCUGCCAUGGCCCCAGCUCCUGGGUCCAUGUGCUGAGCCAGGCCAGCAGUGUGGCACCAGGGCCAUCACCUCCUCCUCUUCCUCUUCCUCUUCCUCUU